UCUCACUCUCUCUCUCUCACACUCCCUCCCUCUCCCUCUUCCCCCUCCGGACUCGGACAUGCAGCCCAGGUCGGCGGAGCCUCUCCGGCUCCAGGUCGCUCUGGACCAGAGGAAGAUGAGGGGGCGCAGAAAACGACAGGAUUUGUUGGGGUGGCAGAUCUGCGCACUGGGCAGCGUUCUGCUGCUGGUGUCCUGCAUCUCCAGCCUGGCCGAGAGAGCAGGCUAUUAUGUGGCGAGUCAUACUCCAGAGGUGGAUGACCAAUGGACGGGUCGGAGACUGAUGUCGCAAAGCAAUGAGAAUGACACCAAGACACGCUUGCAAUACUUCAAGAACUGCACUGAGCCUGCAAUUCAUGAAUUCCCCAGAGAUGCCUUCACAAAUGAAGAAAGAAGACAGGGAGCUUUCCUCCUGCACCUGCUCUGUGCCAUGUACAUGUUCUAUGCCCUGGCGAUUGUUUGUGAUGACUACUUUGUCCCUUCUUUGGAUAAGAUCUGUGAGCACCUGCAUCUCAGUGAAGAUGUGGCUGGAGCGACUUUCAUGGCAGCAGGAAGCUCAGCCCCUGAGCUUUUCACCUCCAUCAUAGCGGUCUUCAUCACGAAGGGGGAUGUAGGAGUCGGUACCAUUGUGGGCUCUGCUGUGUUCAACAUUCUCUGCAUUAUUGGAGUGUGCGGUAUUUUCUCGGGAAUGGUUGUGCCCUUGACAUGGUGGUCAUUGAUCAGAGAUUCCUCCUACUACACAUUGUCGGUGUUUGCUCUCAUCUUGGUUAUUUGGGAUGAUAAGGUUUCUUGGUGGGAGUCAUCGAUAUUGAUAAUAAUGUACUCAUUCUACAUCUUCAUCAUGAAAUUCAACACCUCAUUACAGAACUUCUUUGAGAGUAAAUGGAAGAAGAGUUCAGUGAACAUGGCGAAUGGGAAUGCAAAUAACACUGAAAUGGAUGACAACAGCAACUGUGAUGCGACUGUCGUUUUACUAAAGAAAGCCAACUUCUGCCGUAACUCCAGCGUGCUGAUGGUAGAUGAGCUUCUUUCAGCGUAUCCGCAUCAGCUCUCCUUCCCCGAGGCCAGUCUCAGGAUCAUGAUGACUAGCCAUUUUGGACCCAAAACCAGACUGAGCAUGGCCAGCCGCAUUAUCAUAAAUGAGAGACAACGACUCAUAAGCAGCAAAAACGUAUCCAAUGGAGAGCCCGAGGUCUCCAUUAAAAUCCCAGGCAAGCACAACAUUGAGAAUGGAACCGGACCAAGCUGCUCCUCCUCCGAGAGAGGUGUAAACUGCCAGAACAAGGACGAUGACCGGACCGAGACUGGGAACGAGACUGAGAAUGAGAAUGAGGAUAACGACAACAACGAGAAUGACGAGGAAGAGGAGGAGGAGGAGGUGAACAAUGAGCUUUAUGUUCCAUUUCACUUACCAAAGGGAAUAUUGCAUAUAGGAAAGUGGGCAGUUGCAUGGCCGCUGUGCAUUUUGUUGUACUUCACCAUUCCAAACUGCAGCAAGCCUCGCUGGGAGAAGUGGUUUAUGGUCACGUUCAUCUCGUCGACCCUGUGGAUUGCCGUUUUUUCAUACAUGAUGGUCUGGAUGGUGACAGUGAUCGGGUACACACUGGGAAUUCCAGAUGUAAUCAUGGGAAUUACUUUCCUGGCCGCUGGAACUAGUAUACCGGACUGCAUGGCCAGCCUCAUCGUUGCUAGACAAGGGUUGGGAAACAUGGCAGUCUCAAACUCCAUUGGGAGCAACGUCUUUGACAUCUUGGUGGGACUGGGUCUUCCCUGGACCAUACAGACGCUUGCAGUGGAUUACGGAUCAUAUAUAUCACUGAACAGCCAGGGGCUUAUAUAUUCAGUGGGAAUGCUGUUAGCUUCCGUUUUUCUCACAGUACUUGGUGUUCAUUUGAAUAAAUGGAAACUGGAUAGGAAGCUUGGGUGUGUGUCCUUUUUCCUCUACGCCAUCUUCUUAUCCUUCUCCAUCAUGAUGGAGUUCAAUGUUUUCACCUUUGUGAACCUUCCUAUGUGCCGAGACCAAUGAUGAUACAACGAGGAUGACUUGAGAGCAGCUUGGUAUCUGUGCAAUACAAAACUAACUACAUAGAGCUAGAGUCCUGUAGGUUUAUAGGGAGGAGCACUCUGGAGCUGUUUUUUCAAAGAACAUGAUCCAAGACGUAAUUUUCAACCUGUAUUGACGUGACCGUAUUUUGAACGUCUUUAUGUGGAUUUGUGACAAAAAAAAUAACUGUUCCGAUUUUGUUGGCUGCUAAUUAACUUGAGGCUGGAAACGCACCUGCCAUUUUUGUAGCUUCUCAGUAGAUUCGGGGAGGGGGGGAAAGAGUCUCUAUUUUGGCCUAAAAUGGAUGGAUGGGAGUGAUAGAGAUAAUGUGUGAUACUGUGGCACUUGCUGUUGAAGAAAACAAGGUUUUUCUUGGAUGCAAGGGAUCACCUUCCCUUGUAGCUGUAACCCCCUCCCCCCUCCCAUUUCCUAUGCCUCCAUUCUCUGUUCCCUCUCCCAGGGAGUGCUUAUAAACCAAGAGCACACAUAUCAUAUCAUCUUAGCCUUAUGCUCACCAAGCAUACCUACUACUGACAGGAAGAUGGAGUUGACAUUUGGAACCAACCACAUCCUUUCAUCCCUUACCUGAGUGGUGGAAUUUGAAAUCUUAAGGUAUUACAGUCUGUACUCAGACACCCAGACCCUCCUGCCAAGACUUUGAUUUAUUUUUCAGGAGGUGCAAUUGCACGAAACUUUUUAUUUGUAACAUUCACAUAGACAAUGGUACAUGUGUGUAUAUUGAUGGUAUGAAGAUGUAUAUAUCGGGAAUUUUUGUUCCUUUUCAAAAGGUAAGAAUAUAUAAAAUAUUAUAUUAAAAGUUUUACUCUUCUGCACAGUGUUAGAUUUGGAAAUAUAUUAAUUAAGGUGCAGAUAGUGGAGUUGAGGAAGAGAUGUUGCUCUAGUUUUGUGUGUACAGGUAGUUUUAAGAGUAAAGCAUGUUUUAAUUUAUAUAUUUAUAAAAACAGCACAGGAAGCCACCUUGCAGUUUCACAGCACAGUUUUACAGGAAUGUUCGACAGGAGAUCGGUGCACUUGUGCAUGCUUGAGCCACCGCUCUUAGUAAAUGUCCUAAUUCAGUUCUUACAGAAAAGCAAUGCUGGGGAAGACAGCUGAGAUUUAGUGCAUUGCUGUAGUUGGUAGAUUUGUAGACAAAAUUUGUUAAAUAACGGUUCUACAACACUGAUUGUAGUUAGUCGUCUUGAUCUGAAUGUCUGUUUUUUUCUAAAAAAAAGGUAAUAUGUAAACAAUACCACCGAAUCCCUGAAAUAUGAACAGAAAGGGGGUGGAAUAUUGUGCAGCAUAUCACACCUCAGCAACGUUUACAGGCCAACACUUACUGCUACGGAUAGUGUUAAAUCAUAUUUUCAACACAAACAAAGUUUUUUUGUGCUAGAGGUGCAAUGCACAAUGAGUUAACACACUGGAAGGUUCAACCCUUCAUAGAUAUUCAGGGUUGGGCUUUACCACUAGUGAAUCUUAUGUAAUGUAUUGUGAAUUAUUCACCAGCUGUUGUACUGCACUGUCAAUACUGCUCAGUGCCAAUCUCCCCUGUGUUGUGACUUCAGUAAAUAUCUUUACAGUGUUAA